AUGUGCGCUUAUAAUAGGCCUCAUCGACGGACAACGGGACGUGCCGCCUUUGGUUCUACAGCAUGGAAUUCAGACAUAGCUUAUACACUCUCGGAGCGAAUCCAGAACCUGGAACAAUUGAUAGACCCCGGGAACUCUAGUUUGCACCCAACUCGGCCCCAUUCUGGCAGCCCAGUAUCCUCUGCUUUCAGCACAUCGGUUCAGCGCAAAACACCGGCCUCACCCAAUGACGAAGAUACAAAAAUGCUCAAUCCCAUCAUCGACUCAUGGCCGCGUGCUAAAAUCCGAGACCAACUCACAAAUGCUCUCUACAAAUCCCGAAGGAUCAUGCUGCAGGAUGCCCCUGUUUGUACGUCGGAAGACAACUUCAGCAUGCCUCCUGAAAGAGCGAAGGUACUCAUUGAGGAUUGCUUGGAGCAGCUCAAGGGGGACUUAUUUAUCGGUCUUGUGGAUGCGGAACUGAUGAAGUCGCUACCAGAUAUCAUAGACAAAGUGCAUGUUCAUCUUCAUGCGUCAGUGCUCCUUGUAUAUUAUUUGCUGCUAUGCCAAGGCCACCUGAUUCGGGAGGACGGGUACAGAUCUUGCGGCGAUAUUGUCUCUCGGCUCUAUCUCAAGUGUAUCAACCUUUUGCCUCAGUGGCGCCAAGGCGCCACUGCAAACACAACAUAUCUGGUAGGCGCCCUAUUAAUGUCUUUGAUAGCGGCAGAGAAUCAAGAUUUCGACUUAAGUUGGUCCCUCCACCGUCAAGCCUGUCAGUUUGCACAGCUCCUUGAUUUGCACAAUCUCGACCGGUAUCAGGACCCAUCCAGUGUAGAUACAAUGACCUUCGAACACAAACGGCAUGGCUUCUGGCAACUUAUCCAGGCAGAUUUAAACUUUUGCCUUUAUCAUGAUGUUCCCCCCACAAUUUUUGCCACGGAUUGGACCGUGAAUAUCCCUUGGCUGGGUUUUAACUUAGAGCUUGAUGGCGCUGGCUAUCCCCCGGUGAAUAUCGCCUCAUUUAUUGCCAAUUCCCGCCUUACCUUCAUCGGUAUGGGGUUUUUAGAGGCUAUCGGCAAAGCUACAGUCGAUCCUUACUUUGAUCUAGAAAGCUGCAUCGAGUCGACCUGCGGCAAGAUCAGGGUAACAAUCCAAGAGUGGAAUUUGGAAGAUAGAUUCCAUAAAUCUAGUUUAUUACUGGAUAAGCUGUUCCUGGCUGACGCUCUGCUCGCGGGACUAAACUUUAUUAUUAUUAUGAAUAGCAAGCUGCCAUGCUUUUUCCCGAGUUCCUCUUGCAAACACUGGAAAAGCGCUGUCCAGACGGCACGUCACAUCGUUGAGAUUGUCCUGGAAAUGGGUUUUCCGUCCCCAUCAGAUGCGACCAUCAGGCGGAUCUUUUUUCUCCGCCCAUUUCUCGCUGUCUUGACACUUUACGAAAAUCUCGCCGUUGUCACCGACGAGAUGCGUUGCAAAGACAUUCUUUCCCUGGGCAGACUGCAGAAGGUACUAGCCAUCGGCGCCGAGUACCGUCCGGACUUGGUGCCGAUUGUGGAGGUCAUGGAGUCUCUGGCACAUCUGGUGCGUGGCCAAGGUACUCACCCAUAA